CAUAGGUGUGAGUAAUUCGAAUCAUUCCAUGGCCAUGCAGUUCCUUUAAAUGAGUACUAUAAUUUUAUGAUUUUAUAAUGCAUAUUUUAACGCAAAUAUUUCUGACGCACUUGUUACUUUCGUAUCUUGUAAGUGGUGGCCCAGAAGAACAACAAGGUGUUAAGUAUGCAAAUAAAUGCGAAGUUUGCAAAGUUGUUGCCACCGAAUUAGAAGCUAAAUUAGAUGAAACCGGCAAAACACGCGAUGUACUUGAAAUUGGGUAUUCUGUUGAUGAUGUUUCACCCAAGAGAAAGAAGGAAUACAAAAAAUCAGAAUUACGUUUAGUGGAAAGUACAGAAAAUCUUUGUGAACGUAUACUGGAAUAUAACAUUCACAAGGAACGUACAGAUAGUACUCGGUUUGCUAAAGGAAUGAGUCAAACAUUUAAAACACUUCAUGGACUUGCGGAUAAAGGAGUUAAAGUAGAUCUAGGAAUUCCAUAUGAAUUAUGGGAUAAACCAUCUGUUGAAAUUACUACUUUAAAAUCACAAUGUGAAGAUUUACUUGAAAAUCAUGAAUCUGACAUUGAAGAGUGGUAUCAUAAUCAUCAAGGAACAAUUCCAUUAACUAGGUAUUUAUGUUCAGAAAGAGUAUUGAAAGAUGAUGAUGAUUCUUGUUUAAAAGAGAAAGGUGAUAUUGGUAAUGAAGUCAAAAAGAAAAAGAAGAAGAAGCAAGAUGCAAAAAUUGAAAAUAAAGAGAAAAAUGUAAAAGAAGAACUGUAAAUUAUAAAAAAAAAAUUACUAAUACUAUCAAACAUUAUUAUUAUUACUAUCAUAAUUCAUGAAUGAAAUACUCUCUAAUUCAUAACAAGAAGAUAAAAUGAAUAGAGAUUGGA